AUGCGCCAUCUACUCCGAGCAGCACCUCAGCUGUCGGCGUGUCUGUCUACCAGAGUAUGCGGCGCAAGUCUGCAGAAUGGUACCCGGCACCGGCGAGAAUAUUCGAGGUCGGUCCCAACUACGUCGAGCUGGCUUCCCGUCCCAUUUGUGACCGAGAACAUCGCUGGCGCGCAUCACACGACAGACCUUUUCAGUCGAUUGCUGAAAGAACGAAUUGUCACGGUCUAUGGAGAAGUCGAUGACCGAAUGGCAGCUACUGUCACUGCAUCACUCCUCUACCUUGAAUCCGAGAGCGAUCGACCGAUUUCCAUGUACAUCAAUUCUCCCGGUGGCUCGGUGACGGCGGGCUUGUCAAUAUAUGACUGUAUGAAUUACAUUGUGCCUGAAGUGUCCACACUUGUUCUCGGACAAGCAGCAUCCAUGGGCAGUCUACUAUUAGCGGGAGGUGCACCCGGGAAACGAUAUUGUCUUCCACAUUCGAGUAUCAUGUUACAUCAACCUAGCGGCGGGCAUUAUGGCACAGCAGCAGACAUUGCGAUUCAUGCAAAGGAGAUUCUCCGAAUCCGAACGCAGUUGAACAAGAUCUACGAGAGACAUCUCGCUGGCAAGAAGAAGAUGUCCGUUGAAGAGAUUGAGAAGAUGAUGGAACGAGAUUAUUUUCUCAGUGCCGAAGAGGCCCUCGAGCUAGGUGUUAUCGAUGAGAUUCUUGCAAGCAGGAAGAAGGCUCCGGAAAAGACGGAAGAUAAAUGA